ACGUUCGGACGUUAGUUUUACUAUUUGCGCUAGUAGUUCGGUUAAACAGCGAAUUUUCAUUCUUCCUUUUAGUUUCUGCUUCUUACAUUCAUACACGUGUUCAUUUGAUUUUGCUAUAUUAAUUCUCUAUAUAGUUCACAAGUGUCGCAGUGAUGGCCCCCGGGCCCCCCGAUUUAGGGGAAAAUCGUUUCUCCCUACUAUCUGAAAGCCCGAAAGCGAAAAAGAAAAGAUCUAUUUUGAAACUUCAAAGCGAUUUUCCUGAACUACCAACUAUCCACAAAUCAGAACCGAAAUUUGUAGUUGUUGCACCAACCGACGCUGGCAAGCCUCUUUCCGCAUACUCGUGUUUCGCAGUACACAGAGGGCUUAAUGCUAUCAGUAAAGAAAUUAUAUCAAUAUCUAAUUUAAGAGACGGCAAUCUCCUCUUAUUGGUAAAAACGAAGUCUAUAGCAGAAAGAUUUAUAAAGACCAAUAAUCUAGCAGGUAUUUGCCAAAUUACUUGCAAAUUACAUGAGCAGCUUAACUAUGUGAAGGGUACCAUUUUCGCCCCCUGCCUCAAUAAUAUUCCUGAAAACGAAAUCGUCGAAGAACUCAAAUCUCACCAUGUGGUGUCAGCUUACAAAUUUACAAAAACCGUGGAUGGAGUAAUCAAACCAACGGGAGUUGUCCUCCUGACUUUCGACCUUUACAACUUGCCAAGCAAAAUAGAUAUAUCCUGGCAUAACGUAAAAAUACGUGAAUAUAUUCCCAACCCGAUGAGGUGCAAAUCUUGUCAAAUGUUUGGCCAUACGAUAAAACAUUGCAAGAACCCACCGAGCUGUGUAAACUGCAGUCUCCCACCACACCCCCCACAAAACUGUUCACGCGUUAAAUGCGCCAAUUGCGCCGAGGAACAUCCCUCCUCCUCUCCACAAUGCAAAAAAUUUCAGCAGCAAAGAGAUAUAUUACGUAUUAAAAUAAACAAUAAAUGCACGUUGCGUGAAGCAUUUAACAUAUACAGAAAGCAAAUAACAACAAAUGAACUCUCCCCAAUGAGCUACUCGGCAAUCACAGCAAGAACGAAUGAAAUCAAUGAAAAGGAGAAGAAUAAAACCUAUGAAAAAGAUCACAAUCAAACAGAAAAUAUAAAACAAAAACCAGAAACUCACCACGAAAUUCAAGCGCCUACGCAUCAUUCACUGAAUUUGCAUUCAAAUCUCAACUCACACGCAAAAAACAACCCUGCAAUAAAUUCCCACCUAUCGCCAGUUACUUCUCACACUCUUUGCACUACGCCAAACAUAUCAAAUUUCCCUCAUUCACUCGCUAAUCUUCCCAGCGAAGCAACAAAUAUGACACCAUUAACUUCUCUCUCUAAUCUUCCACGAUUACACUCUCCGGAAACAGUUAAACCCAAAAAUUCAUUUACGCAUCAAUCGAGCAUAUCUGAUGAGAGUAGCGCUCUUAAAUAAUUAACCAACAUGAACACCUA